ACCUGAUGGUGGGAGGUGGUAGCUUCCCCUUCCCUUCGGCGGGCGGGAGCGUUAGACAGCCACUCAAGGAAACACCAUGAAAAAUACUGAUAUCAAGAGACUACUGUAUACCCAUCUUUUAUGCAUAUUCUCAAUUAUUCUAAGCAUCUUCAUUCCAUCAAUCUUCUUGGAGAACUUUUCAAUAUUGGAAACUCACUUGACGUGGUUGUGCAUCUGUUCUGUUUUUGUAACUUCCGUCAAUCUAGUAUUAUAUUUAGUGGUGAAACCAAAUGCAUCCACUAAAAGAAGUUCAUUAUCAUACAAGGUAACCAGAUUUUUGAAAUGCUGUAUCUACUUUCUUAUGUCUUGUUUUGUCUUUCAUGUAAUUUUUGUUCUAUAUGGAGCACCAUUAAUAGAGCUGGUGUUGGAAACAUUUUUAUUUGCAGUGAUCUUGUCUACUUUUACUACUGUACCUUGUUUGUGUUUGUUAGGACCAAACAUCAAAGCAUGGCUAAGAGUUUUCAGUAGAAACGGAGUUACAUCCAUUUGGGAGAAUAGUCUCCAGAUCACCACAAUUUCUAGUUUUCUAGAAACAUGGCUUGGAGCCUUUCCUAUUCCACUCGAUUGGGAAAGGCCAUGGCAGAGACUGUAUAUAUACUGUAUUUAG